AUUGGGAGUCAAAACAAAAAUCUUCUGGAAAGUCGACCUGAUUUUUAACAGCAAGCUAACCAGCUAAAGCACGUAGCAGCCGAUAGGGUUAGCAAACAUGUUUCCAAGCGUUAUUUGAAGGAGCUUUAAUAUCUUAUAGGUCAUUUAAACUCGGUAUAUUUCACCAUGGAGGUCUCUCAAAAGUUCCGAUAUUUCUACAACUUGUUUUGGUCCGUUUUCGUGGCAUAGCUGGAAAGCUAAAGCUGUUUAGUGAAAUAAGUUAGCUUAGCAUUGACCACACACAAAAGCCCAGCCUCUUCUGAGCCUUGUUGGACGCCACAAGUUUGAAACUUUGCUCCCUGGUUCCUCCUUCCUUCAUCCAUCAUGUCUAUCCUAGGAUUAAAGAAGAAACAGCCCAAGACUUUCAAAGUCAAGGUUAUCACUAUGGAUGCUGAAAUGGAGUUCAGCUGUGAGGUAAAGUGGAAAGGCAAAGAUUUGUUUGACCUGGUCUGUCGCACUGUUGGACUGAGGGAGACCUGGUUCUUCGGGCUCAGGUACACAGUGAAAGACACCUAUGCCUGGCUGAAACCAGAGAAACGGGUCUUGGACCAGGAGGUUCCCAAGGACUCGCCGAUAACAUUUCAUUUCUUGGCUAAAUUCUUCCCAGAAAAAGUAGAAGAGGAACUGGUCCAAGAAAUUACUCAGCACCUCUUCUUCUUACAGGUGAAAAAACAGAUAUUAGAUGAAGAGAUAUUCUGUUCCCCUGAAGCCUCCGUUCUGCUGGCAUCGUAUGCUGUCCAAGCCAAGUACGGGGACUAUGACCCAAACUUCCACAAGCCUGGUUUCCUGGCACAAGAUGAGCUUUUGCCAAAAAGAGUUCUGAUGCAGUACCAGAUGACACCUGACAUGUGGGAAGAAAAGAUCACCGCUUGGUACGCCGAGCACAGAGGCAUCGCCAGGGAUGAAGCUGAGAUGGAAUACCUCAAGAUUGCUCAGGACCUUGAGAUGUACGGUGUCAGCUACUUUGCCAUUACUCAAAAUAAGAGAGACACAGACCUGUUACUUGGCGUGGACGCCCAGGGUCUCCACAUCUACAAUCCCAACAACAAACUCAACCCCAACAAGUCUUUUCCCUGGAGUGGCAUCCGUAACAUCUCGUACAGCGAAAAGGAGUUUACAAUCAAACCCCUGGACAAGAAGACGGAUGUUUUCAAGUUCUACUCAUCUCAGCUGCGUGUCAACAAGCUGAUUCUGCAGUUGUGCAUCGGGAACCAUGAUCUAUUCAUGAGGAGGAGGAAGGUGGACUCGAUUGAAGUGCAGCAGAUGAAGGCUCAGGCCAAAGAGGAGAAAGCUCGCAAGAAGAUGGAGCGUCAGAUCCUGGCACGGGAAAAGCAGAUGAGGGAGGACGCGGAGCGUGCAAAAGAGGAGAUGGAGCGAAGACUUUUCCAGCUGCAAGAUGAGGCCCGACUGGCCAACGAGGCACUGCUGCGCUCUGAGGAGACGGCAGACCUGCUGGCGGAGAAGGCGCAGAUUGCCGAGGAGGAAGCCAAGCUGUUGGCUCACAAGGCUGCAGAAGCUGAGCAGGAGAGGCAGAGGUUAGAGGUCACAGCCAUGAAGACGAAGGAGGAGAAAAGACUGAUGGAGCAGAAGAUGAGGGAGGCGGAACAGCUGGCUGUAAAACUGGUGGAGCAGUCUGAGCGCAGGUUGAAGGAAGCAGAUCAUCUGAAGCAGGACCUGACUGAGGCGAAGGACGCAGAGCGGAGAGCAAAGCAGAAGCUGCUGGAGAUCACCAAAACAACAUACCCUAUCAUAGCGGCCUACUCCGCUCCCCCUGCGCCUCCGGAGGCGGCCGACUUUGCCUACGAGGCAACGGCCACUCGUCUAGACUUCAAAGAUUCGGACAUGAAAAGGUUGUCUAUGGAGAUCGAGCGAGAGAGGCUAGAGUACAUGGAAAAAAGCAAACACCUGCAGGACCAGCUCAAGGAGCUGAAGUCAGAAAUCGAGUCUCUGAAGCUGGAGGAGCAGCAGCAGCAGGCCGGUCUCUACGGCCUCCACAACGAGGCGAGGGGAUACGCCCAAGAGCCUGUCUACGUACCUCACAGCAACCGAAACUCUGCGUACAUGUCUCAGAUGGCCUACUUUGAAGAAGUCUGAUCCUCACCCCCCGCGAGAUGAAAACGGAGGACACCAACCAAUCUGCUCUUUAAACUCGUUAGGUUCCCACUUACUGUACGGAGACGUACAUGAAGCAUGGCUGUGCGCUUCGGAAAAAGACUCUAAACUCAUCCUCGCCAACGGAGGCGCAUGUCAUCGUGUUACACUGCAGCACCUUCGACAUGACUCUUACACACACAUAUAUAAACCACACUGACGUGUGACCUGUAUGUAACACUGAUUCAGGAUAUGGUGCUGAGCGCGGACGAAUGGUUUUGUGUGGUUUUAAAGGAUACGUAGCCUUAAGUUGGUCAGAUGUAGAAAUAUUCCUGCCUUAAUGGUGACUUAUUGCCUUAAAACCUUUUGGGACAAUGAUUAAGUUAGAAUUAUUUACAAAGCAGUUUUAGCUAUGUAAUUAGAUAAUCUUUGCUGCAGGCUGGGGGGGAAGCUUAUAAAUAUGGACGACUUUGGUCAUUUUCUUUCAAACUAAUACAGUUUUUAGAUUUAGCGAGCUGUUCUUGAAAGCGGCUUGAAACACUAAAGAUAACUAUUGAACGGUGGUUUGUAAUGUGAAAACUAUUCUGGCCAUACAUUCAACUAGCAGACAUGACUCCACUGUUAAAGUUGAAAUUUUAUUUUUUUUUUUUUACUUCAUGAACAGCCUUUAUCGAUACUGAUAGCACCACACAGGUGCCUUUGUUACUUGUCGUGCCUGGUCAUGGUAGUUUCUAUAUAUAAAAUACAGUUACAAGUUCGAGCUCUGCCAUUUCAAGUUUUAUUUUUUUUUGCACUCCAGACUGCUGAUGUGCCUUGAACUUUUUUUUUUUUUUUUUUGCUAUGAUGAUUUGAGAUGCUACGAUUUCAUUUGGUGUCAUUGCGCUCACGUGUCUUAAUUAGCAUUAGGGUUAACCUUAACUUUUGGAGUUGAUAUCUUCCCUUGAUCCACUGACAGAGCAGCAGAUUGAUGGCUUUCCUUUCCUUUUCUCUUUGUUUUUUCCUCAGCUCAUGCACUUCUCAGGGUUGGUGUUGGAGACAAUCACUGCCAGUAGAAUCUCAUUAAGAUAUGCAUUAUAAUAUACAUACUGAUGUUUAACCUGGUUGAGUCUAAUAGUCAUUCACAUGUCACUGAACACUUCCCAGCAGUGGAUUUCACGUAUAAACGGGAGGUUUUAUUCUUUUCUCAAAAGGGAGAGGCUGGAUGCCAAAUGUACUUCCAGAGAUUUUACAUUGGACCUGCUUAUUAGACUGAUUUAAUCAUGGACUGAACAGUGACAAACACUAUCCUAGAGUAAUGCUAACCUUGGUCUUGUGUAAAUGGUAUUAUGUCAGUUGAAACAAGUGCUUCAGUUUGCUGCUUUAACGUUAUUUAUUUUUGCUCUAAAUCCUCAAAUAACAUCACCAUCACACUUUU